AUGAGCCGAGGAGACGUCAACAAGGAAUCGUCGAAGAAAAAGAUGUAUUUGUUUCAGCGAGCCUCGGACUGGAGCUGCAGUCUCCAGGAGAAGCAGGACUUGAAGGCCCACGAGGGAAGCCAGGACCUGCAGGGAAACCUGGAAUACCAGCAAGGUCUAAAUGGUUUGGACGGUCUACAUGGGGUUCAGGGUAAUGAAGGAUAUCCAGGUCAAAUUGGGUACACAGGAAGUCCUGGAGCACUGGGGAGGCCUGGCAAAAAGGGUACCCCUGGACCACCUGGGAUCAUAGGGAACAUUGGAGCACAAGGCUUGAGGGGUGAAACUGGACCACCAGGAGAGACAAGUGGACCUCGUGGACCAAUAGGCCCACUGGGUAUCCCCGGACUGAUAGGACAGAAGGGUGAUGCAGGAAAAAGUGGUCACAAGGGUUUUCCAGGUGAAAGAGGGAUGCAGGGGCCAAUUGGUCCACCAGGAAUAAAGGGGAAUGCUGGUCAUCAGGGUGCAAAAGGUGUAACAGGUCUUACUGGGAAGCAGGGAGAUACCGGUCCUCGUGGUCCGCCCGGACUAAAAGGCUCCCCUGGACAAUUUGGUCAGCUUGGACAGAAGGGAAUGAAAGGUGUCCAAGGAACCAGUGGUCCUAAAGGGGUGAAAGGAAAGCAAGGAAACCCGGGAAAAUCAGGUUUACCAGGAAAUUACACACUUCAAGAAGGAAAAGGAUCAAAUGAUGGUGAUAGACCAAGUGAGACGUCUGAAUCCUUAACAAGAUCUAGCACAUCCAAAGCUGAACACAAACUGCUGCAGAACCAACAUAGACAACAAAAACAUCGUCCAGUGAAAACUGCACCUGGAGAAUCUCUAGAAGAUGAAGCUGAUGAAGCUUUCAGUUGGCCUCAAGGAACCAAAGAUGACCCUGGCACCACUUGCUAUGAGCUAGGACUUAUACACCCACAUCUGAAUGAUGGUUACUUCUACAUGGACCCCAACCAAGGUUGUCCUUAUGAUGCUCUGAGAGUGUUUUGUAACUUCACAGCAGGAGGAAGCACCUGCAUUGACCCAAUGCAAUCAGAGAUAACAUGGAGGUGGUACCCAGGAAGGUACAAAUCAUCAGUUCAAUGGUUCAGUCAUGAACAUGGCAGUGACAAGUUUAGGUACCCUGGUGCGGAUGUUGUCCAGCUGAGGUUUCUACGUUUACACAGCCACACAUCUUUUCAGCGUAUAAUCCUCAGUUAUACAGCAAACAGGACUGCGAUGGAAGGCACCAGCAACCUUAUCCACUUUCUGGGAGAUUCUCGCAAAGAGAUAGAUUCACGCCAUACCAGAAUAUCCACAAUAGAACAUAAGGUGGAGGUAGUAGUGAGGGUUCAGGGCAGUACGGAGCUACAUCGAGGUGAUAUGCAGGUUCUUCCUAUAAGAGAUCUGGGUAUAAACAUGUCAGCACUAUGGAUGCAGGUGCAUGAGGUCCAGGCAGUCGUGGGGCCACUCUGCUUCUUGUGA